AGCAGUGGGAAGGGAGGAAGAGGAGGAGGAGGAGGGCGCAGGGCCAGUGUGACCAGCGUGGACAGUGAGACAUCCUUCUGCUCUGUGGGCCGGAUGAGUAGCACCAUCACCAACAGUGAGUGGGAGAGAGAAUGAAAGAGAGACAGGAGAGAGAGAGAGGUGGACACUGCUCGUUAGCGAUCAGAUCAAAAGGGCACAUUGGAACUAUGCUUUAUACAUUAUUUAAUCAAUUAUCUACGGUGGGAACAUAUAGCCAGACUAAGGAGAUCCAACUGUGCCUCUCCAGCUUUUACCUCAGAUUAACCUACUUCUAAUGUUAAUACUGUGGUGGCUAAAAGACCAUAUGAAUAUUACCAUUAGUACCCACAAAUCACUUCAAAUAACUCCAAGAAAACCUUAUUAUCUUGAUAGUCCUGUGUUCAUUCUCUCCCUUCUGUGUGUUUCUCUCUCUCUCUCUCUCUGUGUGUGUGUGCGUGUGUGUGUGUGUGCGCCUCAGUUUCCAGUAGCUGGUGGGGCUCUAAGAGGUUGGACUAUGCUCUGUACUGUCCAGACGUGUUGACCUCCUUCCCCACCGUGGCACUGCCUCAUCUCUUCCAUGCCUCCUACUGGGAGUCCACUGAUGUAGCUGCGUUUGUGCUCCGACAGGUAAGACCCCCAUAUGUACAGUACCAUAAUGAUGGACUGUUGUUUCUCUUUGCUUAUUUGAGCUGUUCUUGCCAUAAUAUGGACUUGGUCUUUUACCAAAUAGGGCUAUCUUCUGUAUACCACCUCUACCGUGUCACAACACAACUGAUUGUCUCAAACACAUUAAGAAGGAAAGAAAUUCCACAAAUUAACUUUUAAGAAGGCACACCUGUUAAUUGAAAUGCAUUCCAGGUGACUACCUCAUGAAGCUGGUUGAGGGAAUGCCAAGAGUGUGCAAAGCUGUCAUCAAAGCAAAGGGUGGCUACUUUGAAGAAUCUCAAAUCUCAAAUAUAUUUGGAUUUGUUUAACACUUUUUUGGUUACUACAUGAUUACAUAUGGGUUAUUUUAUAGUUUUGAUGUCUUCACUAUUAUUCUACAAUGUAGAAAAUAGUAAAAAUUAAGAAAAAUCCUUGAAUGAGUAGGUGUGUCCAAACUUUUGACUAUUACUGUAUGUGUGUGUGUGUGUCUUUGUGGUUCUCGUGACUAUUGAAACUAGAAUUCAGAUACUGUAUACCAACAGGCAUUAUUUGUGCUGUGGAUUGUGGUUGUGCGUGUUUGCAUGCCUGCAUGCAUAUGUGUGUGUGAGGGUUUGUGUGCGCUUGUAUUAUGUGUAUGUAGGCGGUGUGUGUGGGUCUGCUCGUGGUAUUUUCAGACACUCACGGAGUGAGUGUCCAAUUAAAACCCAUUCUGACCACUGACAGCCUUUUAACUUGGCCAUUAGAGAGCAAUGAGAUACACUAUAUGGCCAAAAGUAUGUGGACACCUGUUCAUCUAACUUCUCAUUUCAAAAUCAUGGGCAUUAAUAUGGAGUUGGUCCCGCCAUUGCUGCUAUAACAGCCUCCACUCUUCUGGGAAGGCUUUCCACUAGAUGUUGGAACAUUGCUGCGGGGACUUGCUUCCAUUCAACCACAAGAGCAUUAGUGAGAUCGGACACUGAUGUUGGGCGAUUAGGCCUGACUCAUAGUCGGCAUUCCAAUUCAUCCCAAAGGUGUUCGAUGGGGUUGAGGUCAGGGCUCUGUGCGGACCAGUCAAGUUCUUCCACACUGAUCUUGACAAACCGUUUCUGUAUGGACCUCGCUUUGUGCAUGGGGCCAUUGUCAUGCUGAAACAGGAAAGGGCCUUCCCCAAACUGUUGCCACAAAGUAGUAAGCACAGAAUCGUCUAGAAUGUCAUUGUAUGCUGUAGCGUUAAGAUUUCCCUUCACUGAAACUAAGGAGCCCGAACCAUGAAAAACAACCCCAGACCAUUAUUCCUCCUCCACCAAACUUUACAGUUGGCACUAUGCGUUGGGGCUGGUAGCGUUCUUCAAGCAUCCGCCAAACCCAGAUUCGCCCGUCGGACUGCCAGAUGGUGAAGCGUGAUUCAUCACUCCAGAGAACGUGUUUCCACUGCUCCAGAAUCCAAUGGCGGCGAGCUUUACACCACUCCAGCCAACGCUUGGCAUUGCGCAUGGUGAUCUUAGGCUUGUGUGCGGCUGCUCGGCCAUGGAAACCCAUUUCAUGAAGCUCCCGAUGAACAGUUAUUGUACUGAUGUUGCUUCCAGGGGCAUUUUGGAACUCGAUAGUGAGUGUUGCAACCGAGGACAGCCAAUUUUUUGCACUCUGCGGUCCCGUUCUGUGAGCUUGUGUGGCUUACCACUUCGCAGCUGUGAUGGGUGAUUUGAAGGAGUCAGGCGCAGGAGGGUAAAUCACAGAAUAACAUAAUUUAUUCCGGAAGACAGAGUUACGCAGUAAUGCGUCAAAACAGUCAAGUGCGCAAAACAGGCGCACUGGAACCAGCAAGGCACACAGUGAAAAUAACCCAGCAAUACAAAAUACAAGGAGCUCAACCAAGCUUCACUCUCCUCACAAUAAACAAUCACACACAAAGACAAGGGGGCAGAGGGAACACUUAUACAGGUACUGAUGAGGGGAUAUGAACCAGGUGUGUGUAAUAAACAAGACAAAACAAAUGGAAUGAUGAGAUGAGGAGCGGCAGUGGCUAGAAGGCCGGUGACGACGAACGCCGAAGCCUGCCUGAACCAGGAGAGGAGGCAGCUUCGGAGAAAGUCGUGACAGCGGCUGAGCCGUUGUUGCUCCUAGACGUUUCCAAUUCACAAUAACAGUACUUACAGUUGACCGGGGCAGCUCUAGCAGGGCAGAAAAUUGACGAACUGACUUGUUGGAAAAGUGGCAUCCUAUGACGGUGCCACGUUGAAUGUCACUGAGCUCUUCAGUAAGGCCAUUCUACUGCCAAUGUUUGUCUAUGGAGAUGUGCUCAAUUUUAUACUCCUGUCAGCAACUGGUGUGGUGAAUAGCCAAAUCUAGAAUUUGAAGGGGUGUCCACAUACUUUAAGGAGAAGAGAUCAGAGCAGCCUCCCAAUACAGUAAGGGGUUGUGUUUCAAAUGGCACCAUAUUCCCUAUAUAGUGCACUACUUUUGACAAAGGCCCAUAUGACUCUGGUCAAAAGUAGUGCACUAUAUAGGGAAUAAGGUCCCAUUUGGGAUGCACCCAUGGUGUUGGCUGCUUCUGCUGCGGUACCUCAGUCUUUUGGGUGGGAGAGUGACGUGAGGGGAAUCAGAGAGUACACAGGAAAUACAGUGGCUUGCGAAAGUAUUCACCCCCCUUGGCAUUUUUCCUAUUUUGUUGCCUUACAACCUGGAAUUAAAAUGGAUUUUUGGGGGGUUUGUAUCAUUUGAUUUACACAACAUGCCUACCACUUUGAAGAUGCAACAUAUUUUUUAUUGUGAAACAAACAAGAACUAAGACAAAAAAAAACAGAAAACUUGAGCGUGCAAAACUAUUCACCCCCCCCCAAAGUCAAUACUUUGUAGAGCAAUUACAGCUGCAAGUCUCUUGGGGUAUGUCUGUAUAAGCUUGGCACAUCUAGCCACUUGGAUUUUUGCCCAUUCUUCAAGGGAAAACUGCUCCUGCUCCUUCAAGUUGGAUGGGUUCCGCUGGUGUACAGCAAUCUUUAAGUCAUACCACAGAUUCUCAAUUGGAUUGAGGUCUGGGCUUUGACUAGGCCAUUCCAAGACAUGUAAAUGUUUCCCCUUAAACCACUUGAGUGUUGCUUUAGCAGUAUGCUUAGGGUCAUUGUCUUGCUGGAAGGUGAACCUCCGUCCCAGUCUCAAAUCUCUGGAAGACUGAAACAGGUUUCCCCUCAAGAAUUUCCCUGUAUUUAGCGCCAUCCAUCAUUCCUUCAAUUCUGACCAGUUUCCCAGUCCCUGCCGAUGGAAAAACAUCCCCACAGCAUGAUGCUGCCACCACCAUGCUUCACUGUGGGGAUGGUGUUCUCGGGGUGAUGAGAGGUGUUGGGUUUGCGCCAGACAUAGCGUUUUCCUUGGUGGCCAAAAAGCUAAUUUUAGUCUCAUCUGACCAGAAUACAUUCUUUCUGCUUAUUUUUUUCUUUAAGCAAUGGCUUUUUUCUGGCCACUCUUCCAUAAAACGCCCUGCUCUGUGGAGUGUAUGGCUUAAAGUGGUCCUAUGGACAGAUACUCCAAUCUCCGCUGUGGAGCUUUGCAGCUCCUUCAGGGUUAUCUUUGGUCUCUUUGUUGCCUCUCUGAUUAAUGCCCUCCUUGCCUGGUCCGUGAGUUUUGGUGGGCGGCCCUCUCUUGGCAGGUUUGUUGUGGUGCCAUAUUUUUUCCAUUUUUUAAUAAUGGAUGUAAUGGUGCUCCAUGGGAUGUUCAAAGUUUCUGAUAUUUUUUUAUAACCCAACCCUGAUCUGUAGUUCUCCACAACUUUGUCCCUGACCUGUUUGGAGAGCUCCUUGGUCUUCAUGGUGCCGCUUGCUUGGUGGUGUGCCUUGCUUAGUGGUGUUACAGACUCUGGGGCCUUUCAGAACAGGUGCAUAUAUACUGAGAUCAUGUGACACUUAGAUUGCACACAGGUGGACUUUAUUGCACUAAUUAUGUGACUUCUGAAGAUAAUUGGUUGCACCAGAUGUUAUUUAGGGGCUUCACAGCAAAGGGGGUGCACGCACCAUAUUUCCGUUAUUAAUUUUUUAGAAUUUUUUGAAACAAGUUAUUUUUUUCAUUUCACUUCACCAAUUUUGACUAUUUUGUGUAUAUCCAUUACAUGAAAUCCAAAUAGAAAUCCAUUUAAAUUACAGGUUGUAAUGCAACAAAAUAGGAAAAACGCCAAGGGGGAUGAAUACUUUUGCAAGGCACUGCAGGAAGUGUUAUCUGUCUCUGCCGUGAAGAUAAUAAACUGACUGAUUGUUAUCUUGGAUCAGUGGGUUUCAGCUCCAAUCGAUAUCACAUCAUGGAAAUGCAAUACGGACCUUAUGGAUCGCACAAACUUACUGCCCUUUUUAUUUACUUACUGUACCGUACUUAACGGAAGCUCUAGUGGUCUAGUGAAAUCAAUGACCUAUUCUUACAUCAUUGCUGUGUAAUAAGAGAUUGAAUCUUAAACUGGGAUCUCGUUAAUGCAGGAUUGGAGUAAAGCUCCUUCUCUCUCUGCGACCUGUCCUUUACCAUCCUCUCCUCUUCGGAACACAUCAUUAGCCCGGCUGUUUCAUUAACCUGGCUACACAUUGAUCAGGCUAAAGAUAGACAGGUUUUUUUCUCUCAACUUCUGAUAUUAAAUGUACAUUUCAAAUCGGAUCAUCCUCUAGCUAGCCUGUUAAUACGCCUCAAUCUACCUCUUGACAAAUUAGCUUCUGUUAGCAGCUGUGACUGUGUACUCCUCAAGAUAAUGACAGUCCUAGUUUCAUUCUCUCUGAAGUGUGUUUGAGCACCAGAGGAUGAAUAUUCCAUGUCAUUGUUUUGUCUGUAGGUCAUGUGACUGUCUAGUGUAUGUAUUCCACUCCACUGAUAAAUGUGCAUCAGGUGCCUAAAUGCAGACUAGGUAUUCUGUUUGAGAAGUGCCGUCAUACUGAGUGGACUAAGCCGGCGGUGGAUUAAUGGGCUGUGUGUGUGGUGUGCGUGUGCGUGUGUGUGUGUGUGUUCAUGUAGCUCAUGCGAUGCGACAGUGUGAAGACCCAGGAAGCUAACACCAAGGACUCAGCCCCCUUCUCUCCAUCCAGCCCACGGGAGAAGUGGCUUCGCAGGAGGACGCCUGUCAAACUGAGGGUGAGGAAACCAACAUGACUUAUUAAUGGAAGAUAAAGGACAAUUCAGUAGGAAGUGUCAAUAUCACAUUUAGCCUCACACUGUUGAUUAUAUGGCUGUGUCCGAAAUGGCACCCUAUUCCAUAUAUAUAUACAGUGGGGGAAAAAAGUAUUUAGUCAGCCACCAAUUGUGCAAGUUCUCCCACUUAAAAAGAUGAGAGAGGCCUGUAAUUUUCAUCAUAGGUACACGUCAACUAUGACAGACAAAUUGAGGAAAAAAAAUCCAGAAAAUCACAUUGUAGGAUUUUUUAUGAAUUUAUUUGCAAAUUAUGGUGGAAAAUAAGUAUUUGGUCACCUACAAACAAGCAAGAUUUCUGGCUCUCACAGACCUGCAACUUCUUCUUUAAGAGGCUCCUCUGUCCUCCACUCGUUACCUGUAUUAAUGGCACCUGUUUGAACUUGUUAUCAGUAUAAAAGACACCUGUCCACAACCUCAAACAGUCACACUCCAAACUCCACUAUGGCCAAGACCAAAGAGCUGUCAAAGGACACCAGAAACAAAAUUGUAGACCUGCACCAGGCUGGGAAGACUGAAUCUGCAAUAGGUAAGCAGCUUGGUUUGAAGAAAUCAACUGUGGGAGCAAUUAUUAGGAAAUGGAAGACAUACAAGACCACUGAUAAUCUCCCUCGAUCUGGGGCUCCACGCAAGAUCUCACCCCGUGGGGUCAAAAUGAUCACAAGAACGGUGAGCAAAAAUCCCAGAACCACACGGGGGGACCUAGUGAAUGACCUGCAGAGAGCUGGGACCAAAGUAACAAAGCCUACCAUCAGUAACACACUACACCGCCAGGGACUCAAAUCCUGCAGUGCCAGACGUGUCCCCCUGCUUAAGCCAGUACAUGUCCAGGCCCGUCUGAAGUUUGCUAGAGUGCAUUUGGAUGAUCCAGAAGAGGAUUGGGAGAAUGUCAUAUGGUCAGAUGAAACCAAAAUAGAACUUUUUGGUAAAAACUCAACUCGUCGUGUUUGGAGGACAAAGAAUGCUGAGUUGCAUCCAAAGAACACCAUACCUACUGUGAAGCAUGGGGGUGGAAACAUCAUGCUUUGGGGCUGUUUUUCUGCAAAGGGACCAGGACGACUGAUCCGUGUAAAGGAAAGAAUGAAUGGGGCCAUGUAUCGUGAGAUUUUGAGUGAAAACCUCCUUCCCUCAGCAAGGGCAUUGAAGAUGAAACGUGGCUGGGUCUUUCAGCAUGACAAUGAUCCCAAACACACCGCCCGGGCAACGAAGGAGUGGCUUCGUAAGAAGCAUUUCAAGGUCCCCAUAGAAAAUCUUUGGAGGGAGUUGAAAGUCCGUGUUGCCCAGCGACAGCCCCAAAACAUCAUUGCUCUAGAGGAGAUCUGCAUGGAGGAAUGGGCCAAAAUACCAGCAACAGUGUGUGAAAACCUUGUGAAGACUUACAGAAAACGUUUGACCUGUGUCAUUGCCAACAUUUGAGAAACUUUUGUUAUUGACCAAAUACUUAUUUUCCACCAUAAUUUGCAAAUAAAUUCAUUAAAAAUCCUACAAUGUGAUUUUCUGGAUUUCUUUUUCUAAUUUUGUCUGUCAUAGUUGACGUGUACCUAUGAUGAAAAUUACAGGCCUCUCUCAUCUUUUUAAGUGGGAGAACUUGCACAAUUGGUGGCUGACUAAAUACUUUUUUUCCCCACUGUAUAUAUAUAUAUAUAUAUAUAUAUAUAUAUAUAUAGUGCACUAGUUUUGACAAGGGCCCUGGAUAAAAGAAGUGCGCUAUAUAGAGAAUAGGGUGCCAUUUUGGACACACCCUACUGUGUGUAUUGGAGAAAGAAGCAGCUUAUAAUCUGUUCAAUCGCUGUAUGAAGAAAUUCCAAUGAAUAUUUAAUCAUCUUUAGCUGAAAUCUGCUCGAGAUGUUGAAACGUUUUAUAAUGGAAUCUCAGUCAGAGACAAAGCGAUAAGGACGUGCGCACACACACACACUAAGUCGCGCGAGCACGCACUUGCACACACACACACACACACGCGCGCGCACACGCACACACACUUACACACGCACUUUUAACAUCAGCUUCACACAUCUUUUCACAGCUUUAAUAAUUUCUGCCUCAAUAGCCUUGGUCUCCUAUAACAAAAAAAUACACCAACACUGAAUGGGUGAAGAGCUUCUGCAAUCUUGUGCAAUUGUUGCUUGUGUGUCAUUGUGUGGGCUGAGACCUGAAUGUUUGAAAAAAGACUCAGUGUUUCACCUUGGAUCAUCGAUGCUAGCACAACAACACAAUUACCUGACGCUCCAGCAUAAAAGACACCAAGACUACUGCCAGGCUGAAAGGUCAGCCCAGUCUAUUUCUGGGCCAUCUUUUAGUCACAGUAUAUUCAAAGGAAAUAAUUCAAUAACAAUGGGCUUUUGUCCUGUUAUAUUAUGUACUGUGUGGCCCACUGGAACAUAUACAGUAUAUUUAAGGAAACUUGCCAUAGGUUUUAUUUUUGGACUGUGUCUUACAUGCACUGCUCCAGCCUCCAAGCCUGUGAUCUGUGUCUCUUGUGUAAGUGGUAGAGUAGGAACAGCUGGAGGAGGAGCAGCUUGGAGAACAUGACCUGAAUAUGAUAUUUGUUAUAGCUGUAUUGCUAUACAGUCUCCUGGUGCCAUGUAUAGACUUCAUCUGGGCUCUGCCAGCUCAUCCAGGGGAUCGUGAUACCAUUCAGAGUUGCCUGCCUGGCGUCUGUGACGCUGUGACUUCAGUUCACUCUCCGAGGAAGGGGCUUUUUGUCACUGAUGGAGUGGGGCCACUGCUGUCUAUGCUGCUUCCUGAGCACCGCUGUGACCAGGAAGACAGGGGCCUGCCUCUCUUCACCAUCUCCUCCUCUCAGUGUGUGUGUGUCUGAGGGCAAGGUGAACUCACCACUCACCCGGUGUGAUAGCGAUAUGUUCUGCUAUUUUGUCAUAAGACAGGCAUUCAUGCAGAAAGAUUCGGCAGUGACCUGUAGCAGAGACAUGUGGCCACUGGCCAGAUAUUAGAAUCAAUCUGGCCUUUCAGCCUAUUCACAGCAGUAGACAGUGCUGUAGACGUGCCAGUGUUUAGAAGUCUCUCUCUCUCUGUGUGUGUGUGUGUGUGUGUGUGUGUGUGUGUGUGUGUGUGUGUGUGUGUGUGUGUGUGUGUGUGUGUGUGUGUGUGUGUGUGUGUGUGUACGGCAUGCUGAGAUGCCACAACUUCAGCAUGGCUAGGUACUGGCAAGGAUUCAUUAUUGACAAACUUAAUCAAUAUGCAAAUUGUGUUGUGUCUGGAAAUGUUUAACUGCUUCAUUAGCUGACAUUAGCUGGGGUCCCACUAUUCAUGAUACAGAGACUAUCACAUCAGUCUACACCAUAUGUUAGUGUGCUCAAACUAUGCUCCUGGAGCUAUAUUUUAAGAGUAUUAUGGAGACCUAUAUACAGUUCCGCUGCAUAUGAUGUGGUAGUUCAUGUACAAUAAACGAUGUACCAUUUGGUAACACUGUGAUUUUCUGUGACAUCAAUUAUGCUCAGAAAUGCCCCAAAAAGCAUGUCAGGUUUCAUUAGAUACUUAGGGCUCUAUUUUCAGCUGGCGUUAAGGCAGCGCUAGUGUCUAACUCACUCUCUUUGGCAAUUGUGACUUGUAAAAGCAAGUACUCUGCUAGGGUUGGUCAUUUAUCUGUCUUAUAUCAGCUCACUUGCGCUGAGGUGGGAGGGGUGGAAAUAUUGAAGGUGUGUUCUUAAAAACGUGCGCCAAUGUGCCAAUUUCAAUCAGCACUACUGGUGAUAUUUAAGACUGACCAAAAGCUGGUCUUAGCGGUAAUGCAAUUGGUUAUGGCGUCGAUUUUGCCAUCGGAAGCGCAGUAGCCUAAUCAGUAGCCUAUAACCAAUGUUUUAUUAUAUCACGAGCAUGCAGCUUGUUCUUCAUUAGGCAUAUGUGCGAUGUCCAUUGAAUGAAAGGUUUCAGUGACUGUAGGAAGUUUGUUUAGGAACAUCAAGUUAUUACAAUAGACUGCUUAUUGUUUUCCUUCAUCAGUUUGUAAAAAAAUUGCAUCUUCCACUUUCAUCUGUUGGAAUUAACAGUCAAAUCACGGGAAUUCAAUCACUGUCCUUGGUGCUAUAUCCACUUGUAGCCUAGGCUAUUUGCCAGUUCAUUUGUUUACCUUUCACGUGGGCCAUAUCAACGGUGAUGGUAGGCUUAUCUUAUUAUAACAUUUGGGCAAUGUCCAAUUGUCCAUGAAUCGAACAUGCAGUGCAUUUUCCAAAUGCGAAUGCAAUGUGUGUAGUCGAAUAUUUCCAUGUUGAAGCCAAUUAAAGAACUAGAUUGGCUACAUGUUUGUUAUAACUAGGCCUAUUGUAGGGUUACUGUUUAGUGUUUAAUAAACCAUAUUUAAUGGAUAAGACAAACAUCCAUGCAUACAUUGCCUUAUGCUCAUAAAACGAGAUUUGUGAUUUAUGAUAUCACGCUUCUGAGCCGAUCCUACACUGAACAAAAAUAUAAACGCGACAUGUAAAGUGUUGGUCCCAUGUUUCAUGAGCUGAAAUAAAAGAUCCCGAGUGGCGCAGCGGUCUAAGGCACUGCAUCUCAGUGCUCGAGGCAUAACUACAGACCCUGGUUUGAUUCCAGGCUGUAUCACAAUCCGGCUGUGAUUGGGAGUCCCAUAGGGCGGUGCACAAUUGGCCCAGCGUCGUCCGGGUUUGGCCGGGGUAGGCUGUCAUUGUAAAUAAGAAUUGGUUCUUAACUGACUUGCGUAUUUAAAUAAAAUAAAAUCCAUAUGCACAAAAGGUGUAUUUCUCUCAAAUGUUGUGCACAAAUUUGUUUACAUCCCUGUUAGUGAGCAUUUCUCUUUGCCAAGAUAAUCCAUCCACCUGACAGAUGUAGCAUAUCAAGAAGCUGAUUAAACAGCAUGAUCAUUACACGGGUGCACCAACACAAAACAAUGGCACAGAUGUCUCAAGUUUUGAGGGAGCGUGCAAUUGGCAUGCUGACUGCAGGAAUGUUCACCAGAGCUGUUGUCAGAGAAUUGAAUGUUAAUUUCUCUACCAUAAUGUCAAGGUAGAUGUAGGUGGGUGUGGUGGUGGAAUCAGGCGCAGGACGCAGAACGUUAGUCCAACAGACUUUAGUAGAUGCACACAAAAACAAUCACGAAUAAAUGCCCUGAGGCGAAAACUCCGCACGUAGGCGAAAAUAACGGGCGCACUAACAGGUGCGACAAAACACUCCAAACAAUAUGGAGAAAUAGCUCAACCGCGCAAACAGUAGAAUAACAGCCUACCGGCACGACAGUAAAACAAUAACACACAACACUAGACAAACACAACGAGAACUUAUAGGACACUAAUUACACUAAACGAUAACAGGUGUAACAACAAUCAGACAAAAGCAAACGAACAUAGAAACAUGCAACGGUGGCAGCUAGUAUUCCGGAGACGACGAACGCCGAAGCCUGCCCGAGCAAGGAAGAGAGGCAGCCUCGGCCGAAACCGUGACACAUAAUCUGCCUCCAACGUUGUUUUAGAGAAUUUGGCAGUACGUCCAACCGGCCUCACAACCGCAGACCACGUGUAUGGCGUCGUGUGGGUGAGCGGUCUGUGAACAGAGUGCCCCAUGGUGGUGGUGGGGUUAUGGUAUGGGCAGGCAGGCAUAAGCUAUGGACAAUGAACACAAUUGCAUUUUAUCGAUGGCAAUUUGAAUGCACAGAGAUAACGUGACGAGAUCAUGAGGCCCAUUGUGAGGCCCAUUUUUUUAAGGUAUCUGUGACCUACAGAGGCAUAUCUUUAUUCCCAGUCAGGUGAAAUCCAUUAAUUAGUGCCUAAUCUAUUUAUUUCAAUUGACUGAUUUCCUUAUAUGAACUGUAACUCAAUAAAAUCUUUGAAAUUGUUGCAUGUUGCGUUUAUAUUUUUGUUUAGUAUAUUUAGAAAUAUUGUUGUUUUAAAAAACAGAUUGAUUGUUUUCCGUUUACUUUGAUUAGAAACCAAACUUACUAGAAAGAUUCACCAUCCAUGGGUUUAGGUUGCGAAAACGUACGUGGCUCGAAUGCAAUGCAAUUUCGUCUGCUAUUUCAGAAGAAGAUGGUUUCAUGAUGUUUAUAAAACAUGACAUUUGGGAGCAGUAUAACAGCUUUCUCUUUAUAUUGGAUCUUUAUCCAGCUCCUGUGAAAAGUUUGGAUGUGCGUAAAACCCUCCAUAGUCUAAGUAACCUUGUCUGUAUUAUACGCCCACAAGGAGCAAUUAUGGUGCCUGUAACUUUAGUUAGACAUAGCCUAUUUAAAACAAGUUGUUGUUUCUUUUAUUUCAUUUUUUAUUAGAAUUAUACACUUUUUAGGCCUUAUCAGUAGCCUAGUGAAUUGUAUCUUGCUUAUUGACUACGUUUGGCAUGUCCAUGUCCAGACUGCAAUUUACAGUAGGCCUUAGCCCCUAUAUCAGUGUGAAUGCUAUAGCCUAUGUUUAACAAUGUAAUUCCAUAUUGAAGCAAUACAAUUAGAACAAUGUGGACUGCAAACGUGUUCAAUAUAUUUAGCAAAUAUGGGGCUGGCUAUUUAACAAACUAGGCUAUAGCGGACUAACAUUCGAAUUGGAGUUGAUGACAAUGCAAUACGUAAAUACACAACUUGAAGCAACCACAUAUUUAGCCAUUGAGCAUGUUCUGACUGGCCAGUGAGGCGUCAAUCCUCGACACACCCACAACUUGUUUAUUCAUCAAAACCCAGCCCUUUCGCGCCACCUCCAGCUACUGCUCCCAUAAUUCCGGUUGUGAAAAUAGCAUAAAUAUUUCAGACACACCCCCUAACCUAUAGCGCUACCGCCAGCGCAAAAAUGUACCAUUGUGUUAGGUUUGUUAAAAUAGAGCCCUUCAUGUACAGAUGCUACUGCACCACAGCCCUUUAAGUGUUCCUGAAAGUUUCCUUCAGUCAAACCCAUCCCCAAUUACUCUAUCACCAACCACCUGUGGUUAUGACUUAUGUUAUGACUGAGGUAUUGCUGGCAUUGCUGUAACAGAGCCAGGGAAAUUCAUCUGCAAACUCCUCUGCUUUCAAUUCUCAUGAAUAUCUCACCAGCCUAGCAAUAAAGUUGGUUUGUGUCCCAAAUGGAACACUAUUCCCUAUGUAGUGCAAUACUUUUGACUAGAGCCAUAUUGGCCAUGGUCAAAAGUAGUGUGCACUACAUAUAGAAUAGGGUGCCAUUUGGGAUGGAAGCAUAGAGUUAGAGGAUUUCUUCUUUAGGUUUAUUCAUCCUGCUCUUUGAAAUGAGAAGGGGAAGCAGAACCACACUGCUAUUGUAGCCAGGCUUCAUGGAGAUUUGACACCCUCUUUUGGUAAGGUCCUGUAGUGCACACUUCUGAGACUCCUUCGACACACGUCUCAAAUGUGAUACAUCAAAACAGGGAUACAUUGAAGAAUAGGGCUCUAUUUUCAGCUGGCGUUAAGGCAGCGCUAGUGUCUAACUCACUCUCUUUGGCAAUUGUGACUUGUAAAAGCAAGUACUCUGCUAGGAUUGGUCAUUUAUCUGUCUUAUAUCAGCUCACUUGCGCUGAGGUGGGAGGGGUGGAAAUAUUGAAGGUGUGUCCUUAAAAACGUGCGCCAAUGUGCCAAUUUCAAUCAGCACUACUGGUGAUAUUUAAGACUGACCAAAAGCUGGUCUUAGCGGUAAUGCAAUUGGUUAUGGCGUCGAUUUUGCCAUCGGAAGCGCAGUAGCCUAAUCAGUAGCCUAUAACCAAUGUUUUAUUAUAUCACGAGCAUGCAGCUUGUUCUUCAUUAGGCAUAUGUGCGAUGUCCAUUGAAUGAAAGGUUUCAGUGACUGUAGGAAGUUUGUUUAGGAACAUCAAGUUAUUACAAUAGACUGCUUAUUGUUUUCCUUCAUCAGUUUGUAAAAAAAUUGCAUCUUCCACUUUCAUCUGUUGGAAUUAACAGUCAAAUCACGGGAAUUCCAAUCACUGUCCUUGGUGCUAUAUCCACUUGUAGCCUAGGCUAUUUGCCAGUUCAUUUGUUUACCUUUCACGUGGGCCAUAUCAACGGUGAUGGUAGGCUUAUCUUAUUAUAACGUUUGGGCAAUGUCCAAUUGUCCAUGGCUCGAACAUGCAGUGCAUUUUCCAAAUGCGAAUGCAAUGUGUGUAGUCGAAUAUUUCCAUGUUGAAGCCAAUUAAAGAACUAGAUUGGCUACAUGUUUGUUAUAACUAGGCCUAUUGUAGGGUUACUGUUUAGUAUUUAAUAAACCAUAUUUAAUGGAUAAGACAAACAUCCAUGCAUACAUUGCCUUAUGCUCAUAAAACGAGAUUUGUGAUUUAUGAUAUCACGCUUCUGAGCCGAUCCUACACUGAACAAAAAUAUAAACGCAACAUGUAAAGUGUUGGUCCCAUGUUUCAUGAGCUGAAAUAAAAGAUCCCGAGUGGCGCAGCGGUCUAACGCACUGCAUCUCAGUGCUAGAGGCGUCACUACAGACCCUGGUUCGAUUCCAGGCUGUAUCACAAUAUGGCAGUGAUUGGGUGGUGCAUAAUUGGCCCAGCGUCGUCCGGGUUUGGCCGGGGUAGGCUGUCAUUGUAAAUAAUAAUUUGUUCUUAACUGACUUGCCUAGUUAAAUAAAAAAUGUUCCAUAUGCACAAAAGGUGUAUUUCUCUCAAAUGUUGUGCACAAAUUUGUUUACAUCCUUGUUUGUGAGCAUUUCUCUUUGCCAAGAUAAUCCAGAUUUUUCAUCCUUCCUUUGACAUCCCAUUUCCUCCUGCCGAUGUAAACACUAUGUCUGAGGAGGAGUGAUGCAGAAAAUAAUGAAAGACAUACAGAGUCUGCCCCAGAGCAAGGCAGUUAACCCACUGUUCCUCGGGCGCCGAUGACGUAGAUGUCAAUUAAGGCAGCCCCCGCACCUCUCUGAUUCAGAGGAGUUGGGUUAAUUGCGGAAGAUAUUUCAGUUGUACAACUGAGUAGGUAUUUCCCUUUAUAGUGCAUUACAUUUGACCAGGGAUCAUAGGUCUCUGGUCAAAAGUAGGGCACCAUAUACACCAAUUUGUAAGUCGCUCUGGAUAAGAGCGUCUGCUAAAUGACUUAAAUGUAAAUGUAAAUAUACGUAAUAUACUCUUAGAAAAAAGGGUUCCAAAAGAGUUAUUUGGCUUUCCCCAUAGGGUAAACCUUUUUGGUUCCAGGUACAACCCUUUUUGUUUCCAGGUAGAACCCUUUUCGGUUCAAUGUAGAACCGUCUGUGGAAAGGAUUCUACAUGAACCCAAAAGGGUUCUAUCUGGAACCAAAAAUGGUUCUUCAAAGGGUUCUCCUUUUUAGAUUUUCUAAGAGUGUAGGGUGCCAUUUGGGACGCACACAAAGGCAAAGAGAAGUUACAGUAAAUCUCUUCUCCUCAUGCAGAAUGUGACUGGCAACCACAGGGUGAAUGAUGUCAUCGCCACAGAGGAGGGACCACAGACUCUGGUUGGUCGGUUCAUGUAUGGCCCCCUGGACAUGGUGACUCUGACUGGAGAGAAGGUGACGACACGACAUAAACAUUAUUCCUGAACCUUUUUGCAUCAUUUGCAAACACUAUUUGCACUAUUUACAACACUAUAGUUGCAACACUUUUAAAGUGUCUGCAUUUCAAUAAAGUGAAAUUGAUACUUCUCUUAUAGUGGUCUGACAAAGGAAUUUGCUUUGACAGACGUCAACACUGAAGUUUAUUGAAGGGAUUUAAUUGCUGCCCUGAGCAUUUGUUAUCUUAUCAUCUUAUCUUAUCAUGAAUCUAUCUUGUCCUCUCCCAGGUGGACAUUCUCCUGAUGACCCAGCCCCAGUCCGGCCGCUGGGUCCACUUUGACACGGAGGUGACCACCAGUAGUGGCAGAGUGGUUUACACCAUCCCCAAGAGCAAAAAGCUGGCCACCGGGGUCUACCCUAUCAAAAUGGUGGUCAAGUAAGCAAAUAACUCCUUUUCAUUUCUUAUUGAGAUGCAACCACAGAAUAUUUGUUACAGUAUGUUAGAGGUUGUAUCAGUAAUGAAAUGGAUGCGGGUUGGGACGAGUUCCCAUGAAAGUGGAGGAAUACUAAAUGUAAUUAUGGCCCAUAUCAGUGAUGGUGGUAAAGUACUGUGAAGCUCUAACAGUGUACUCACAGGUUGUUGAAUAACAAGGAGCCCCAGAGCUGCUGCGGCUGUGAAUUGCCACCAUACCUAGCAAUCAUCCUCCCCCCUCUCCCCUCUCUUUACCUCUUUCUACCCAGGGGAGAUCAGACGAGUGCGGAGGCCUACCUGACGGUGCUGCCCAGGGGGAUGGAGUGUGUGGUGUUCAGCAUCGAUGGCUCCUUCGCUGCUAGCGUCUCCAUUAUGGGCAGUGACCCUAAAGUCCGCCCCGGAGCUGUGGAUGUCGUCAGGUAACUCAUGCCUCCAAGUGUGUGUGUGUGUGCAUGCGUGCGUGCGAGUGUUUGUGUGUGUGUUUGUGAAUGUGAAUGUGCCUUCCAGCUUUUGUUUGAUUAAGGAGCAGUUCGAGCAGAGAUAAAUUAUUAAUGGAAUAAAAAUACUAACUAAAUUACAACGCCAACAAGUCAUCUGUUCAGCUCAGAAUAUUAUCCUUGUAUUUUGUCACAUUAAAGGGAGUUUGAAGGAAGUUGCUAACUAGUGUUAGCAUAAUUGCUAACUAGAAUUAGCGCAAUUGCUAACUAGCGUUAGCGCAAUGACUGGAAGUCUACAUGAACAGCUGUAGACUUCCAGUCAUUGUGCUAACGCUAGUUAGCAUUUGUUCGCAAACCUACAGUGCAUUCGGAAAGAAUUCAGACCCCUUUACUUUUUCCACAUUUUGUUACUUUACAGCCUUAUUCUAAAAUGGAUUAAAUAAAAAGAAAUCCUCAUCAAUCUACACACAAUACCCCAUAAUGACAAAGCAAAAACAGGUUUUUAGAAAUGUUUGCGAAUUUAUAAAAAAUUAAAAACUGAAAUUCCUUAUUUACAUAAGUAUUCAGACCCUUUGCUAUGAGACUCGAAAUUGAGCUCAGGUGCAUCCUGUUUCCGUUGAUCAUCCUUGAGAUGUUUCUACAACUUGAUUGGAGUCCACCUGUGGUAAAUUCAAUUGAUUGGACAUGAUUUGGAAAGGCACACACCUGUCUAUAUAAGGUCCAACAGUUGACAGUGCAUGUCAGAGCAAAAACCAAGCCAUGAGGUCUAAGGAAUUGUCUGUAGAACUCUGAGACAGGAUUGUGUCGAGGCACAGACCUUUGGCAGGGUACCAAAAAAAUUCUGCAGCAUUGAAGGUCCCCAAGAACACAGUGGCUUCCAUCAUCAUUCUUAAAUGGAAGAAGUUUGGAACCAGCAAGACUCUUCCUAGAGCUGGCCGCCCGGCCAAACUGAGCAAUCAGGGGAGAAGGGCCUUGGUCAGGGAGGUGACCAAGAACCCGAUGGUCAUUCUGACAGAGCUCUAGAGUUCCUUUGUGGAGAUGGGAGAACCUUCCAGAAGGACAACCAUCUCUGCAGCAAUCCACCAAUCAGGCCUUUAUGGUAGAGUGGCCAGACGGAAGCCACUCCUCAGUAAAAUGCACAUGACAGCUCGCUUGGAGUUUACCAAAAGGCACCUAAAGGACUCAGACUAUGAGAAACAAGAUUCUCUGGUCUGAUGAAACCAAGAUUGACCUCUUUGGCCUGAAUGCCAAGCAUCACUUCAGGAGGAAACCUGGAACCAUCCCUACGGUGAAGCAUGGUGGUGGCAGCAUCAUGCCGUGGGGAUGUUUGACUGGGAGACUAGUCAGGAUCGAGGGAAAGAUGAAUGGAGCGAGAUCCUUGAUGAAAACCUGCUCCAGAGCGCUCAGGACCUCAGACUGGGCCGAAGGUUCACCUUCCAAUAGGACAACGACCCUAAGCACACAGCCAAGACAACGCAGGAGUGGCUUCGGGACAAAUCUCUGAAUGUCCUUGAGUGGCCCGGACUUGAACCCGAUCGAACAUCUCUGGAGAGACCUGAAAAUAGCUGUGCAGCGGCUUGAGAGGAUCUGCAGAGAAGAAUGGGAGAAACUCCCCAAAUACAGGUGUGCCAAGCUUGUCGCAUCAUACCCAAGAAGACUCGAGGCUGUAAUCGCUGCCAAAGGAGCUUCAACAAAGUACUGAGUAAAGGGUCUGAAUACUUAUGUAAAUGUGAUAUUUCAGGUUUUUAUUUUUAAUACACUUGCCAGAAAUUCAAAAAAACUGUUUUUGCUUUGUCAUUAUGGGGUAUUGUGUGUAGAUUGAUGAGGGGGGAAAAAAUAAUUUCAUCAAUUUUAGAAUAAGGCUGUAAUGUAACAAAAUGUGGAAAAAGUAAAGGGGUCUGAAUACUUUCUGAAUGCACUGUACCUUUAACUUCCUUCAAACUGGACACAGAUACAUAAAUAAUGUAUCCACGAGUUCAUCUGACUCUGGGGAAGUAGAUAAAGGGCUUCAUUGCUAAAGAUUCUGAAGUAUUCCUUUAAUACAUGAAGGGAGAAAACAAAGAUGACUGAAAAAAAGAAGAAAAUAAACCAUAAAUCUCAGAGGAAUAUUAUUGAUGUCAAUCUGUCUUUAUGUUCAGUGAAAAUGAUAAUUCUCAGAGGAAUGUAUCUAUUUAUCUUUGUGUCCAGACACUGGCAGGACUUGGGCUAUCUUAUCAUCUACAUCACAGGGAGGCCAGACAUGCAGAAGCAGCGCGUGGUGUCAUGGCUGUCCCAACACAACUUCCCCCAGGGCAUGAUCUUCUUCUCUGAGGGCCUGGUCCAUGACCCACUGAGACAGAAAACCAUCUUCCUCAGGAACCUAGUGCAGGAGGUACAACACAUUCAUAAUACAGUGGAUCUCUUUUUCAUUCUCUCUAUCUCGACUCCUUCUCUUUGUGUAUCUCUUCCUGUUUUUCUUUCUCUCCUUCUCUCUCCCCUCCCCCUCCCUCCUCUAUUACCACGCAACUUUCCUUGGUUUUUUCACAGUGCUUUUUUAUCACAAAAAAUAACCUCUGGUCGCCUGGGAUAAAAGUGUUUUUUUUUUUCCCCCCCCCCCUUUGUCUCUCCCCUCCCCCCCUCUCUCUCCCCUCUCCCCCCUCUUCCCCCUCCCCCUCUCCUCCGUUUUUUGUUUUUUCCCCUUUUCUCCUCUCCUCGUCCCCUCUUCCCCCCCUCCUCGUCUCUCCCCCUCUCCCCCCCUUUUUCCUUCCCCUUCCCCCUCUCACCCCCCCCGCUCCCCCCCCUUUCCCCCUCUCUCUCUCCUCUCCCCUCUCCCCCUCCCGUUUUUGCCCCUUUUCCUCAUUUCCCCUUUUCUCUCUUUUCCCCUCUCUCCUCCCUCUCUCCUCUCCCCCUCCUUCCCCCUCCCCUCUCUCUUCGGCCCCUUCCCUUCCCCCCUUUUCUCUCGCCCUUUUUCAAUUUUUUUCCCUCCCUCUUCUUCCCCUCCCCCCUCUCCCCUCCUCCCUUUCUCCUUCCCUCUUCUCCCUUUCUCCCCCGUUUUUCCUCUCUCCUUUUUCGUUUUUCCUUCCCUUUCCCUUUGGGGUUUUUCCCUCCCCCCCGUUCCUCUAAACCCCCCCCCUUCAUCCUUCUCGUCCCAAUUUUUUUCUCUGGUCUCCCCCUUCCCCCUCCUUUCACUUCCCUCUCCUCCCCCUUCCCCUUCUCCCCCUCUCUUCUCCUCCUUCCCAUCCGGCCCCCCCCCCGCCCCCUCCCUCUCCCCCCCCUUUUUUGGUUUUUCCCUUUUCUCCUUCCCUUUUAUCUCCCCUCCCUUUUUUCUCUCUCCCCCUCCCCUUUCCCCCCCUUUUUUUCCCACCCCCCCCCCUUUUUUUUCCUUUUCCUUCCCCCCUCUCUUCCCCCCCUCUUUUUCUCUCUCUCCUCUGCCAGUGUCCAUUAAGAUCAACUCAGCAUACGGCUCCAUGAAGGACAUCUCUGUGUACAACAUGCUGGGUCUGAGUCCUUCCCAGAUUUAUAUUGUGGGCAGGCCUUCCAAGAAGUACCAGAAUCAAUGCCAGGUAGACAUCAGGGGACUGUACACUCCUCUUCUACUUUUCUUUAUCGAUCAAGCUAAUGGCAUUGACUCACUAAUAGCUAUUGAUCGUGUUUUGAUGUAUCUAUUCUGGUCUGUCUGUGGCUUUUGUUCAUUCCUGUCACUCUCCAUCUCUCUCUACCUGUUUAAUCUUCGAUUAUUUUAUCUAACAUGGCCUCUCUCUCUCUCUCUCUCUCUCUCUCUCUCUAUCUCAUAGUUUCUAAGUGAUGGCUAUGCAGUGCACCUCUCCUCACUGCAGUUUGGCCACCGGGCCAGACCCAAGAAGACCUCCUCGGUCCGCAUGGUCCUAAGGAAAGGCUCCUUCGGCCUCUCUGCCAAACCUGACUUCCUGUGUAAACGCACCCACCUGAGGAGAACCAUGUCUGUCCAGCACGCUGACCCUCCCUGCACUCCCAACCCCAAGCCUGAGCGGGCCCAGAGCCAACCAGAGUCUGACCAGGAUCCCGAGGGAGGAGGAGGGGGCGGCGGCCAUGGUGUCUGGGGGCGGGCCUCCAUGCACCGUGGAGAAGCCACACCC